UCUUACCUCCUCCUCGGGUUCGAUCGGAUAUGGGCCCCUUUUCAUUCGUUUCAAAAGAACCUCUCAGUGAACGAAGCUAAAAACUGACGUGACGGUGAUUGACGAAGAUGCGAGACUUCGCGACACAAGCUUUGGCCGUGUUGCUCGCGUGCGCGGCGGCUCCGGCUUUCGCCAGCCCGCUGGCCAUUUCGCUCACCGGGCAGCUGGGCAAUGUGGGUAGUCUCUUGGGUUUGAAGGACGGCGAUCUGGUGCCGAACCGGUACAUUGUGCGUCUCAAGCCUGGCAUCAAGGCGGAGCUACAUCUGGACUGGCUGCAUGCCUUGCACAAGCGGAGUGCUACCUGCAAUGGCACCUCUGGUCUCAAGAGUACGUUCGGGUUCGGAAACUUCAACGGAUAUGUGGGCGAAUUUGACGACAACAUGAUCACGCAGAUCUUAGCCAACGUAAACGUCCUAGAUGUAGAGCAAGAUCAGGUGGCGUACCUAUCAUCGUCUUUAAUGCACCAAGACAACGCGCCGUGGGGGUUGGUGAGCUUGUCGUCGUUGACGGAGCCGAGUGAGAAUAAGUACCCGGACUACCCGUCGCUCAAGUACUCCUACGAUAGUACUGCCGGGGAGGGCACUUACGGGUACGUUUUGGAUUCGGGGGUUUUCGAACACAACGACUUCGGCGGCCGCAUCAUCAGAGGAUUCAACGCGUGGAACGAUACCGAGGAUUUCGACGAUUAUUACGGUCACGGAACCCACGUGGCUGGCACGAUGGCCUCUACCACGUACGGAGUUGCCAAGAAAGCCACCAUCGUGGACGUCAAGGUCGCCAGAACGGAGGGCUACUCAACCGUAUCGCGCGCGCUUGCAGGUUUCGACUGGGCCGUAAAUAACAUAACUAAUACACCGGGACGAGCCGCCAAGUCCGUCAUCAACAUGAGUCUAGCUUUCAAAAUCUCCCGCUCCCUCAACAGCGCCAUCGACGCCGCAACCGACAUUGGCAUCCUAACCGUCGCUAGCGCCGGCAACGACGCCGGGCCGGCCGCCGACCGGUCUCCGGGCUCCGCCAAGAGCGCCUUAACCGUCGGCGCCGCGUGCCAGAACCUGACGCGCGCCAUCUUCAGCAACUACGGCGACGACGUCGACGUCUUCGCCCCCGGCGUGGACGUCACCUCUCUGUGGAACAAGCAGGACCGCGGCGCCGUGCUGUCCGGAACCUCGAUGGCGGCCCCCCACGUGGCGGGCCUGGCGCUGUAUCUCAAGGGACUCGAGAAUAACCCUCCCGUCACGCCCGCCGAGACCAUCUCCCGCGUGCAAGAGUUGGCGGCCGGCGUGGUGCGUGACGCGGGGUCGGGUAGCAAGAACUUGUUGGCUUACAACGGUGUUCGUGUUCUGUAAUGGGUGUGAUUUUUUCAAUGCGUUUAAUGGGGACGGGGAAGAGGUGGGAAAGGUUUUUGUCUUUGGAUUUGUCUGUUGGCCUGUGUUUAAACUUGGGGACCCACGUGGAUACGAGAGUUGAUCUUCCAUUCAAGCAUUUUCACCACUCUUUAGCAUCUGCUCUGGAGCCUAACCUAGAUAAAUACUUGUC